AUGCCCAUCGGAUUCUCACCAGCGCUAGGCGUUUCUGUGGGCGUCUCGGCUGUGCAGGGGGUCUCCCUGGACGUCUCCCUAGGCGUGUGGGCUGUGCUGGGUAUCUCGUCCGUGCUGGGCCUCUCGGUGGCCAUCUCGUCCGUGCUGGGCGUCGACCUGAGCGUCUUCGCUGCACUGGGCGUCUCCUUCGGCGUCUCUCUGGGGUCGCCCUGA